UAGCUCGGCGCGAGACGGCGCGCGUGGCGGCUCCUGACCUUCCUGUUGUCCUCUCUCUUUUGCGAAGCGGUCGGGCCGUUCACCCUCUUCAUCACCGUCAUGGGCCCCAGGAAAUUCUUCGUGGGCGGGAACUGGAAAAUGAAUGGCGACAAGAAGAGCCUCGGGGAGCUCAUCCAGACACUCAACGGCGCCAAAGUCCCCGCAGAUACCGAGGUGGUUUGCGGUGCCCCUUCCAUCUACCUUGACUUUGCCCGCCAGAAGCUCGAUGCCAAGAUCGGUUUGGCCGCCCAGAAUUGUUACAAGGUGGCAAAGGGGGCUUUCACAGGAGAGAUCAGCCCAGCCAUGAUCAAGGAUAUUGGAGUCAACUGGGUGAUCUUGGGACACUCGGAGAGGAGGCACGUCUUUGGGGAGUCAGAUGAGCUCAUUGGACAGAAGGUGGCCCACGCCUUGACCGAGGGGCUUGGUGUGAUUGCCUGCAUUGGGGAGAAGCUGGAUGAGAGAGAAGCUGGCAUCACAGAGAAGGUGGUGUUCCAGCAGACCAAGGUUAUUGCAGAUAACGUGAAAGAUUGGAGCAAAGUGGUUCUCGCUUACGAGCCAGUUUGGGCUAUCGGGACCGGCAAAACGGCAACUCCCCAGCAGGCCCAAGAGGUCCACGAGAAACUCAGGGGCUGGCUGAAGAGCAACGUGUCUGAGGCUGUGGCGCAGUCCACUCGGAUCAUCUACGGAGGUUCAGUCACUGGUGGCACCUGCAAAGAACUGGCCUCCCAAGGUGACGUGGAUGGCUUCCUUGUGGGUGGGGCCUCCCUCAAGCCUGAAUUUGUUGACAUCAUCAACGCGAAACACUGAAAUCUGACUGCGGAGCCUUAGGUUUUGGAAGGAGAGAGGGAAAAUCCUGUUGUGAAAAGGAGAUCUAUACUGUAACAAAGCAAAGAGCUGUGUCUACCCCCUGCACUUGGGUGUGAAGGCCUCACUUUCCAGUUCCUCUUCCACCUUCGCUUACUGUAAAUUGUCCGACAACUAUUGCCAAGCCAUGUAUCGGUUAGCUGUGAGCCUUUUUGAAGGCAGGAGGCUAGUUCGCUUGCCCCAGGGUGAGUGGUGGGGCCUCCUGCCUUCCCUCUUCCCUCCUAGACUGGCCAGUUUUCCUGUCAGAAGCCCACCUCCCUUGCUAAGGAAAGGUUCCUGCCUCCUCAGUUCAGCCAAGGGGAUGUCAGGCAACUAUUGGCUCACAUUGUUGUAAGUUUAUAUGUCUGUUUUGCGUUCCCCAAACAAAGCCAACUUUGAAGAGAAUAAACAAAGGGAAAGUA